UUGUCGAACAUGAAUAGAUUUUAAAUAAAAACAAAUAUAUCAACUAAUGAAAAUAUGCAAUUUAAUAAUAGUUUGCAAGACAACAUUGAAACGAAAUACGAACCACUUGACGUAGAGCAAAAAGCGUUCGAAUAUGGCAGUUGUAAUGAAGCUAUCCAAAGUGAUAUGGAAACAAAUCAAUCAGCGGAUAUUGUACUAAAACAGGAAGAAUCAAACAGUUCGAAAGAGUUAUCUUCCUCUCCAACUGAUUUUACAAACCAAUACGAAAGUCAUCCUAUACAAUCUGACCCAGAAAAUCUCGACAGAACCGCUAAACCUGAGGACAACCGAUCGUACACUAGCGAUGUCUGCGACAAAGGAUUCAGUCCAAAUUCAACUUUACAGAAUCACAAAAAUAUUCAUACCGGUGGAAGACCGUACAAAUGCACUGUAUGCAGUAAAGAUUUCACUUCCAAUCGUGGCGUUAAAAAGCACAUGGCUAUUCAUAGCGGUGACUAUCGUUAUCAGUGUGAUGUAUGUGGCAAGGGUUUUAUUCGACAUUCAAAAUUGAAGAAUCACGUGAGGAUUCAUACAGGAAAACGGCCGUUCAAAUGCAACUUUUGUGACAAAACGUUUAAUAUUGAAAAUAAUCUGGCACAACACUUGCGCACUCAUACUGGCGAGCGUCCUUUCAAAUGCAUCACUUGCGGAAAUGAUUUUGCCACUAGCACUGCUCUUACAAAUCACUUACCAGUACACACUGGUAAUUACAGACACAAAUGUGAUGUAUGCGGCAAAGGAUUCAUGAUCAAGUCUCACUUGAAAGUGCACGAACACAUCCAUACGGGAGAGCGGCCGUAUAAAUGCACUGUAUGUGAGAAAGAUUUCUCCAGUAGGUUUGGCUUAACAUCACACAUGUUUACUCACACGGACGAGCAUCAGUAUAAGUGUGAUGUAUGUGGCAAAGGCUUUUAUGGCCGGUCGAAUUUCGAAAAUCACGUACUCAUUCAUACAAGUGAGCGCCCGUUCAAAUGUAACGUAUGCGACAAGGGCUUCCGACGCAAAGAUAGUCUUACCGUACACUUGCGGCUUCACACGGACGAGAGACCUUAUCAAUGCACCGUGUGUAGCAAAGGGUUUACAAGAAAGUACAGCUUAACCGUUCACAUGCGCCUUCAUAAGAGCGAUCCAUCGUAUGAAUGCACAAUAUGUGGAAACAAAUUUUCCACUAAGUACACAUUAACGAGACAUACGUUUAUCCACACCGGCGAGUAUAGCUACAAAUGUGAUGUAUGCGGCAAAGGAUUCAAUGACGGUCGAUUUUUGAAGGAACACGAACGUAUUCAUACAAGUGAACUACCGUUCUCAUGCAGUGUAUGUGACAAAGGAUUUCGACGCAAACUAUAUCUUACCCUACAUAUGCGCCUUCACACCUGCGAGCGACCUUUUCAGUGCACAUUAUGUAGCAAAGGUUUUACCAGAAAAGACUAUUUAACGGUACACAUGCGUCUUCAUAAGAACGAAGCAUCGUAUAAAUGCGACAUAUGUGAAAAAAAAUUUACCACUAAAUUUUCUUUAACUAGACAUACGAUUUCCCACACGGGCGAUUAUUGUUAUAAGUGUGAUGUGUGUGGCAGAGGAUUUACUGAUAGCAAACUUUUGAAGCGACACGAACGUGUUCAUACAGGUGAGCGACCGUACAAAUGCACUGUGUGUGAACGAGACUUUUCCAAUGAACGCUCGCUUUCGGGGCACAUGUCUACUCACACGGGCAAUUAUCGAUAUAAUUGUGAAAUGUGCGGCAAAGGCUAUAUGGAUUGUUCAAGCUUGAAGAAACACGAACUAAUUCAUAUUAAAGAAAGACACUUUAGAUGCCUCAUAUGUGACAAAGCAUUCAAGUUCGAAGAGACCCUUACCAGACAUAUGCGACGUCAUACGGGCGAUCGACUGUAUAAAUGCACCAUAUGCGAAAAGGAUUUUACAACUCAUUAUGGUUUAACCAAACACAGUACCAUUCACACGGGAAAUUGUCGAUAUAAAUGUUCCGUGUGUGACAAAGGCUUCAAUGAACUAUCUAAUUUGAAGAGACACGAAAAUAUUCAUUCAGUUGAGAAACCGUUCAGGUGCACCGUAUGUGAAAAACAAUUCAAGCAGGAACAUAUUUUUGUAAGACACAUGCAGAGACACACGGGCGAAAAGCUAUACAAAUGUACGAUGUGCGAAAAACAAUUUACCACCAAUUAUUGGCUCACCCAACACAUGUCCACUCACACGGGUGAUUAUCAGCAUAAAUGUGAUGUGUGCGGCAAAGGAUACACUAGAAAGGAUAGCUUGGAGAUACAUAAACGCAUUCAUACAGUCGAGCGUGAGUCCGAUGGCACCACGUAGGAAAAGUUUACACCACAUAAAUUAUACAUUAACGUAGUGUACGAUCAAAUUAUGUAGUAUUAAAGUGUUUAUUUGAACAAUUACGGUGAAGCGCAAUUGUGUUUUAAUAAUACUAGCAAACUUGAAAUAUAU